AUGCCAGAUCAGCCGCGGCGCAUCGUCAUCGAGAAAUCCAGCACCGUCCGACGCCGCUACCAGCGCAGUAACAAGCGGUUCAAGUUCACCGCUUCGCAGCUACGACGGAUCGAGCGCGAAGAGGAGCUUGAGCGCCGGGCAAAGAAUAUAAAGGAAAAGGAGGAGAGGCGUAUCGCCAACAAGAAGAAGAAGACGGAGAAAGAAGCAAAGGAUCGUGAGGAGCGCAAACGGCUCGGGCUACCGGAUCCGAAUGCGCCCAAGGUCCCGUCAAGUCAACCAUUACUCUCGGCGUUUCUGGGUGCGAAGCCCAAGCAGACCGUUGACGAACAAACUAUUGAAACGAAUGCUGCCCCUACGACCACGGAAGAUGAAAGAGGGGAUACAGAGGUUGAGAGUGCGGGCGGCGACACCGAGGUAGAGUCGGAUGUAUGUGACGAUCUGGACGAGGAAAUAGCGCAAGACCUCUUAUGCCUCCAGGAUGCGGGCAUCCCCGAGAAACCAGAGAUCCCUGAUAUGGGUAACUAUAUCAGCGCAGAGACACUAUGCUCCCUCAAAGAUGACUACGACGAUGACGAAUUCUCCGAUUGUUCAGCAUUCAACGACGCAGACAUUAUGCAAGAAGCGGACGCAAUGGCAGUUUCGCGACCAUCCCACACCCACAUACCGAUCUCUACCACCUCUCAUCAUCCACCAGUACCUACCAUCUUGCAGCCGCCCCCGAGCGACCAUUCAAAAUCCAUGGCCCCCUCGAUAGCCUCACUUGGAAGUUCCUUCCGCGACGAAACAGCCGAGUACCUUGAGGAGGUCUUCUCGCGCGGCUGUGGCGAUUCAUUUGGCGAGCUGAUCCAGUUAGAUUCGGGCGCACGAUAA